CCUCUGUGCUCACUGAACUGUUGUUAAAGUCAACAGGCGGAGCGCAACAAACUCAUUGAUGAGCGACCAGACUUGCCGAGAAAAAAGGACUUAUCCAUGUACAGCAGACCAUGAGAACUUCCCAACCUGUGGAUGAAAUAAAGAAAGGACCAUUUUUCCUUCAGGCCGCUGUGAAGGAAUACAGAUCAGUAGAACUUGGUAUAGAGGUGGACAUUGUGUUUGAGCUAAAAGAUAGAGUCAAGGAGCCUGUUUGGGAAGGAAUCAUGACAUUGCUCUCGAGAGAUAUGAAGAAACUCAACAGAAAAAAGCAACAUACCCAAGAAAGCUGUGAGCCUGAGGAAGUGAAAGUGAUUGAAAUAUUGGUACCUUGGUACACAGGACUCAAAUACGCUUUUGCAUCUUUAGACUAUAAUCCACAUCACCUUUUUUCACCAACGGCUAAGCUACUUGGAUAUAAAAGCCCCAUAGCUCACGGGAUGUGGAUGGUGUCUCGAUGUCUUGCUGAAAUAGAGAAGCGUGAAGGAACAGAUGCAAUCCAAGCCCCUGUUUGCGUUAAGGUCAGGUUUAAGCAGCCCCUGCUCAUGCCUGGGAAGGUAGUAAUCAAAUACUGGGAAACUUUCCCAGACGCAGGUACAUGGUCUCACAAAUCGUACCAGUUCAGAAUGGAGGAGAUUGGGACAAGGAUGCCUCAUGUGGUGGGAGAGAUAUCAGGAGUGGAGUCGUAUUCUAUAAAUGCAGAAAGUGGCUGAAGCAUGUCAACUCAGUCCUGCUGCUUUGGAUCUGCAUAUGGACCUAUAGCUUAAAAUGAGUUCAUGUAAAGCAGAAAAAAAUAAUAUUCAUUGGAGAUUUUUCAAAUUUGCAAAGGCAAGUUUGUAGCAUAUUACGCAGUGAAUGAAUUAAUGCAAUUGAACAAGAAAAAAGUCUGUUGAUGGAUAAUUUCUUUUUAUUUGGAAAUACAAUCUACUUGUGACUGUAGCUUGUGUACAUGGUGUGUUUUCUGUAAUAAAAUGGUUCAAA